ACCGGUCCGAUCCUCCCCUCCUUCUUCUCCAGCGCCGACGACAUGGAGCAUCAAGUCGAACAGCGCGAUGUCGUCAUCAAGGUAAAAUAUGGUGAUACUCUUAGGCGAAUUGGUGCAUAUGUUCACGGGCAUACCAUGGAUCACAAUAUGAGCAGACUUAGAGCCAAGAUAGUCGGUCUUUUCAAGUUCAACCAUGAAGCUGAGCUCUUGCUGACGUAUAUUGAUGAAGAUGGCGACACAGUCACACUAGAUGAUGAUGAUGAGCUUCGUGAUGCUGUGAUCAGUCAGCGCUUAAAUCCUCUCAGGAUAAACGUUCAGUUCAAAUCUGCUGAUAGUUCUGAAGCAAGAUCAGAGACUUCAUCUCGUGCUAAGGCCCCACAGAGUGAAACUCCUCCCACUCUUGAUGAACACGUGAAAUCCAUACAGGACCCAUUGUUAGGUUUGAUUUCAAAUCUGGUCAGCAUUGUGCAGAAAAGCGUACCAUCUUCACCGGCUUAUAGUUCUGAUCCAAAGUCGGAUAAAUCAUCUCAUGCUAAGGCCCCACAGAAUGGAACUCAUCCCAUUGUUGAUGGAGAACCAAAGUCCAUUCAGGACCCAUUUAUGGAUGUGAUUCAUAAUCUGGUCAACAAUGUACAGAAAAGUGUACCAUCUUCACAGGCUUAUAUUCAGAAAGUUGAUGAACUAAUGAAAUCAGAGCCAAUUAGAAGUGUAAUGGCAAAUGUUGCCCAGGAUCUGAAGAAAACUACAUCACUCUCACCUGUACUCGACCAAAUUAUGGAGCAAGUCUCUAAUUUGGCAUUAUCUAAAGCUGGGGAAACGUCUGGUCCCACUGAUGAGUCCUCAAUUGGACCUGGUGGAGCUUCAACUCAUCAAAUGGCUUCAAGUGAGCAGAUUCAGGAAACCACUGAAUUACCAAGUAACGGUGCAAGUUCUGUCUGUGCAGCUCCAAAGCAGAAUACAUCUUGUGACAUGACGCAGGUUGCAGGGGAUACAAUAACUUCUGUAGGUCCUAAUGGAAAUAUUCGUAGAGAUACAACUUCAUCAUUGUAUCCUUUUGAUGAUUUACUGGCCUCAAUUUUGACUGCUAAUAAAAGCUCUGAGCAUGACCAAGAAGUUGGUGAUUCAAUUCUCAAUGGAAAGUCUGCUGCACCUACCGCCCAAGGCUUCCAACCUGGCAAUCAGACUCCCGUUGAUUUAGAAAAUCUUUGGAAUUCUGCGCGAUAUUUCCAGCGUGAUAACAGCAAAAUGCAGUCUCCAGUGGAGGCUCAUGCAUCCUUCCCCUCACAAACUGGUUUCAGUUCCCACAUUGAAGUCCCAGUGAGCAGGGAGACAGGGUCACCUCCAACUGAUGUUUUCCCGAAGCUAGGUCAAGGGAUGGUAUCACAUUCUUAUAGAAGAUCUUAUGCGAACAAUGAGAACAUACCACGUACUUUCCACAAGGGGGUUCAGUGUGAUGGCUGUGGAAUGCAUCCUAUUGUAGGCCCAAGAUUUAAGUCCAAUGUGAAGGAUGAUUACGAUUUAUGUAACAUUUGUUUUGCUCAGAUGGGCAAUGAAACUGAAUAUACAAGAAUUGAUCAUGCUUCUCGCCGUGCACCCAGACUGUUAAAACCCGGAAUAUUAAAGGACUUCCACAAUCAUCAUUCAAAAUGUCGGUUCCCAUCAGUAAAUGUGCUUCGGGCCAGUGGUGCAAGACCAAGUAGAGCUAAGCUGGAAAGUCGUUUUGUCCAAGAUGUCACUGUCUUGGAUGGAACAGUGAUGCCUCCUUCAACUCGUUUUACCAAGAUAUGGCGGUUGCAUAACAAUGGCACUCUUGCAUGGCCCUUUGGCACUCAGCUUGUGUGGGUUGGUGGUGAUCAAUUUGGCGACAGAGUUUCCUCUACUUUAGAGAUUCCAGCUAACGGCUUUCCUGUUGACAAGGAGCUUGAUAUUGCAGUUGAUUUUACUGCACCUUCAAGGCCAGGUCGCUAUGUUUCAUACUGGAGAAUGGCAUCACUUUCUGGCCAGCAGUUUGGACAGCGAGUUUGGGUCCUUAUCCAGGUGGAUUACUCCAGCCCAAAUUCCGCUGCUGGUAGUAAUGUACAGCCUGCCUUCAACUUGAACCUGCCGCCUGAUAGCAUCAGUCAGAAUCUGAUCAUUGAUGUCAAUGCUGAACCUCUCGACAGUGGGUUACCAGAACCAAGUGUCACGACCACAACUGAGGAGCCGGUUAAGCCAGUGGCGGAGAGCGUCAUUGUGGGGGAGGCUGUUCAAGUGGUUGGUGGUUUGCUAGAUGCUGGCAAUGUUGAGCAUCAUCAAUCCACUCCAGCAGCUGCUGUUCCCCCGGUUGCAUCCUAUCCUUUGAUCAACUUGCAGGAAAUGCUUCCAAUGGUUGAUGAGUUUCCAGUCACAGAGUCUGCGGCCACUGCUGAUGGCAACCCCGUGGAGCAAACCCUGCUGAAGGAGUUGGAAGAUAUGGGCUUCAAGGAGAUUAACUUGAACAAGGAGAUUCUCAGGCUCAACGAAUAUAAUCUGGAGCAGUCUGUUGAUGACCUCUGCGGUUUCGCAGAAUGGGAUCCACUUCUCUGCGAGCUGCAGGAAAUGGGAUUCAACAACAGGGAGAUGAACAAGAAAGCGCUGAUAAAGAAUGGGGGAAGCAUCAAGCGAGCCGUAUUGGAUCUUAUUGCUGGACAGAUUUCUGAGUAGGCUCCGAGUUGUUAUAUGUAGGUCGUGUAUAUAUUUAUGCUGCUGGUGCUACUUAUAUAAGAUGCUGUCUAUUUUGAUUUCUUCCGUGCGCUGUGUGGAAAGACUAUCAUCUAAGUCAUGAAUAAGAGCUUAACUUGCUGCAUCUUUUUGUAUAUAUAUAGGCAGCAGUUAAUGCCUUGAGUUAUCCGACUCGUAAACCUAAUAUGUUUUAGUAAUUUGCUUUGUUGGUAUAUAUUCCAUGGUGAUGGUAUUAUUUAGUA